AUGGCUGCGAGAAAUCAACAGCAAGAGCAAAGAGAAGUAAAUGAAGGGGACUUGCCAGUUUCUAUGUUUUUGACGCCUAUAGCAGCACCUGCGCGGUCCAGCAUAGUAUAUCCUGAAUUUGGGAUAAACAACUUCCAGAUACGAGCUAACUGGAUUAAUUUGAUGAGCAAGACUCUGCAAUUCUGCAGGUUACCUCAUGAGAAUCCAAACACGUAUAUCUCAAGGUUUCUCAAGAAUUGCCAGAAUUGGCAUGUUCCCGGGGUUAAUGAGGAUGCCAUCAAGCUGCGAUUAUUCCCAUAUACACUAAGAGAUGCAGCAUUGGAAUGGCUAGAUGCUGAACCGGAUAGAAGCAUUACCACAUGGGAGGAACUGACCAGGAAAUUCUGCAAUAAGUUCGUUCCACCAGCUAAGGUAGCAAAAAUUAGAUUGGAAAUUCGAACUUUUCAACAGAGAGAUGGGGAGAGCUAUCAUGAAGCGUGGAACAGAUUUAAGGAGUUGAUGAGGAAGCGGAUCGAUCAUAGGGAAAUUAAACAAUUUAUGGAUCUAUUUGAGUUGAUUGCUACUACUCAUUCCAUGUUUUCAUCAGAAAGAGUGGUGCCUCCAAAAGCAGGGAGAAUAUACGAAUUAGAUAGCUCAGCAUCGACCAACGCCCAAAUAGCAGCAUUGACCGAAGUGGAGUUAUUGGUGAAGUCACAAACAAAAGGAGCACAUGCAGUGAUAGCCGGUCCAUCAUGUGAGAACUGCGGACCUAAUCAUCUAACAAAAAAUUGCACAUCUUUAGGCUUUCCAGAGGAACAAAUCAACUUCAUCCAAAAUGGCUAUCAAAAUGUUAAACCCUUUUCACAGACAUUUAACCCAGGAUGGAGACAACACCCAAACUUCAGAUGGUCGGAUAAUCAGCAAGGAAGCAGUUCAAACAAUAACCAACCAGAGAAAAAACCAAGUUUGGGGGAGAUGUUCAACCAGUACAUGCAAAAGACAAACAAGAAUGCCCACAAGGGACGUUGCCAGGCAACACAAUGGUCAAUCCAAAAGAAGAUACAUGUGAAGAGACCAGAUAGAAAAGACAAAGAAAUAAUAGAUGAAGAGGCUGGGACAAAAGCAGAGUCUGAACAACCAACUAACGAGGAGGAUAAAAGGAAAGAAACAUCCACAGUGAGAGCACCCAGCCCCGUGAAAGCUUAUGUACCACCAAUUCCCUUUUCUCAAAGGUUACAGAGAAAGAAGUUGGACAAGCAGUUUGCAAAGUUUGUGGAGAUUUUCAAGAAACUGCACAUCAAUAUUCUGUUCGCAGAUGCAAUAGCCCAAAUGCCCAGUUAUGCAAAAUUCUUGAAGGAGAUUUGGUCAAACAAAAGGAAGCUGGAAGAACAUGAGACUGUCUGCCUAAACAAGGAGUGCAGUGCAAUCUAUUGA